AUGGCAACAUUGAACUUUGAUUUGAAAAACAGCACUGGUUCUAACACGGUCUAUGCCUAUAUUACAGGCCAGGCGCUUGAUAAUAACAAUGCGCUUUUCCUCUUGCGAUCUGAUGGUAAAACCGCCUACUAUCCGACCUCACCAUCGGCCACUGGGGCCGCUCUGAGCGAGGAUUGUGCGAUUCCGUUGGGUGCGUCUGGCAAUACCAUCACCAUUACUAUCCCGCACCUUGCAGGCGCCCGACUGUGGUUUGCGCAAGACAACAAAUUGACAUUCUUUCUGAAUCCUGGCCCUGCCCUUGUUGAGCCUUCGGUAUCCAACCCAUCGGACGCUAACUACAAUCUGAUGUGGUCCUUUUGCGAAUUCACCUGGAAUGACUAUCAGCUUUAUGCAAAUCUCAGCUACGUCGACUUCGUGUCGAUGCCUAUCGCUAUGACUCUAACCAACGGAUCUGGUGUAGACCAGACCGUCAAGGGUCUGCCAGCCAAUGGCCUUGAUCUAGUCUGCAAUGCUCUCAAAGAACAGAACACCAAGGAUAGUGCCGGCUGGGAUCAGCUCAUCAUCCAGCACAACGGUGUCAAUUUGCGGGCGGUUUCGCCAAACACGGGAAGAGCCCUCAAUAAUUCUUUGUUCGACAAUUACUACGGGAGCUACGUGGAUCAAGUCUGGUCUUACUACGGAAACAAUACUUUGACAGUCAACACGCAAGCUGCCGCCGGUGAUGUCACCGCCAAGGUUGCCUCUGAUCUCUUGUCCUUCUCAGUUGCAGGUAUUUCCUACACCAAGCCGUCUACCGGAGACAUCUUCAGCAACAGCAGUGGAUCCUUUGCUGUUUCUGGGAAUAGCACCAAAGAUGCCGUUACCGCUCGUCUUGCAGCUGCGUUCAACCGCUCAACUUUGUUGAUAAAUAGCGACCAGCCGAACGGGGAGUCGGUUUCAAACUACUACAAAAACCCUGUGACGAACCACUACGCCCGCAUCUGUCAUUCUGUAAACAUUGAUACCCGAGGCUAUGCGUUCCCCUAUGAUGAUGUUGCGCCUAACGAUGGCGCCGAUCAGUCUGGCAGUGUUUUUGAUGGCAAUCCAAAGCUCCUGACGGUCACCAUUGGCGGCGGCUCUAGUAAUUCUGUCAAGCAGUCUGCCGUUGAGGACAAUGCUACGCCAAUCCAGCGACCUGUGGAGAAUGGACAAAGCAAGGAGAGUGGAAGGAAGCCGAGCCGCUUCCAUGAGCUGAGGAGCUUUGUGAAUAAGCUGUCGCACAGGAAGAGCAAAACCUGA